AUGCAAGGUGUUAUUUCAGCAGUAUCGAAACUCUUUUUCUUCAAUAUCAGUGCCCAUCAGCCUUUCGAAGGCAUUCACCGCAUGUGGUACAAUUAUCAAGCUUAUUGUGAUGCUUAUGAAGACUUGGACGGGUAUCAUUGUUUCAAUGAGGAGAAGCAAAAUACUUUUGUUGGAAAGCGUGCCGUUAUGGGUUUCAUAUGCUACUGUUAUUGUAUGUUGAUCCACGAUGUGUCAGCAAAAAGUUCAGAGCGUCAAAAAAAUAGCUUGGACAAGUUGUCAUCACAUCUCGUGGCAAAGAAGAAGAAGAGUAUGAGACCCUGUGCGUAUAUACAAAACCAAUCAAUGCACAUCAACAGACACGGCCUCAACCGAAGCACAAAAAUAUGUACAUGUUUGCCUUCAUUGAUCCGUGUCCAAUCAACAGCAUUACUGCAACACUUCAGCAUCGUUUUCUUCAUCGGUCUUCAACAAGUGCAAAGAACCUGA